AUGAAGGCCCUUAGCCUAGUGCUAUUGGCUAUGCUGGUACCAUGGAGUACCGGUUAUAGUUAUGGACGUGUUAGUUCCUAUGGUGGCCAGGGUAGCUAUGGCUCUGGUUCAUAUGCCUACGGAACAUCUGGUGCUGGAUAUGGUUCCUCAGCGUCGACUUAUGGUUCGGGAAGUGGUUAUGGUUCAGGCUACAACAGUGGUUAUGGCAGCGGCUCCUACGGUUCAAGACGUUGUGAUGGUACCUCGUGUUCGUUUGGCAGUAAUUCUGCCUAUACCUCAUCAAGUCAAACAUCGUCGUCCUCGUCUUCGUCAACGACUUCAUCGGCUUCGUAUAGCUCGUGUUGUGCCCUGAACUCCUGGGCCCAGCAAUAUUUGGUGGAGAUUCGUGAAUUCUCGGCCCGUUUGAGACAGGAAUAUAAUAGUUUGAUGACUGGAUCCGGACAUGGUUAUAGCACCACCUAUACACCGUGGUCAGAGCGCAUCAUCAGCUUGACCGGCAAAACCUCGGGCGAACUUGAUGCCAUCUGCCGCCUCCAGGCUGAGGAAUUGCUGCAGGACAAACGCAGCGGUGCCCUGAGCUACCAAUUGAUUGCCCAUCCCAGUUUCUUUGAAUGGAAAUCCUCGGAGGUGUUGUACCGUUACUACGCCGUCGAUAAUGGCCAACAACAGCAACAAACUUUGGACCUGGGCUUUAAACCCGUCGAUUUGAGCAGCUUCGAUGAUGUCAAGACCUAUAACUACCCCACAGAAGUUAAGGUUAUCGAUGGCAAAACCUAUGUGGUCCACAAAAAUGUUACCGAGGCCCAUAAGACUUCCGGUACCGGAACCUUGGAUAACCCCUAUGUUACCCUGAUUAAACGCAAUCGUACCAUUAUUACUAAUGGCCCUGCAGGUGUAUAUUCUACCCCCAGUUUGGGUUUCACCACAGGAUCCUAUGUUGUGCCCAGUUCGCCCAGUGUGAGCUAUGGCCCCGUAGGCACCACCACAGUGACCCGCAAGAAGACCGUCUACGAUUGGGCCAAUCAAAAUAUGGAACCCAGUGUUAUUGGUUAUCGUCCGGCAGUGCAUUUGGAGACCGGUAGCUAUACCCGUCCUCCAGUACACAUUCCCGUCGAUAGUGGUUAUGGCUCAGAUGUGGAGACCUUCAGCGCCGGGUAUAGACCUAGCUACGGCCCGGGAUCCACCGUGAGUGUGCAACGCGUCAAUAAGACCAUCAUUAAGGAUCACACCGGCAACGUGAUCAGUUUGUCCGGUACCCAGAGCCAUAAAAAAUGGGUCGAUGGUAAAUUGGUUUAUGACACCGAGAGGCCGUUCGGAGAAUGGUCAGUGCCCCGCGAUGAAGCCUGGAAACGUGAGGAGCGUGAGCGAUUCUUUUGGUUCUUGACUUCGGGUAACACCACCCCUCAAAAUCUCGAGGCCUGGGAGCGUCAACAGGAGGAACGCCUUUUGGGCUUGGCCGAACGUAACCACUGCACCCUGGACGAUAUCCAUGCCUUCCAUCGUACCGAAUUGGAACGUUAUCAGAUUCUCCUGGCCCAGUACAACUCCCAAACUGAUGAACCCGUCGAAUGGAAACGCAAGGAACGUGGCCGCCUCGAUUGGUUGGUCCAUCAGAACAGCAUUACCCGUGAAGAGUUGGAACGCUGGCAGCAGGAAAAUGCCGAUAAACUCAAUCAGCUAGCCCGUCAAUAUCAAGUCCCAGUGCAGGACCUCAAGAACUGGCAGUUGGAGGAAUUGGAUCGGCUCUAUGUCUAUUUCAACGAUCAAAACAACUCCAUGAUCCCUCUGCCCACAGAUUCGCUACGCACCGAUGAACAGCGUCGCCUGGAGGAAUUGAUCCGUCAACACAAUGCCACCAUUGAUCAGCUACACAAUUCCAUAAAAAUGGAUCAAGAAAAGCUCAAGGACCUCUCACAGGUCUACAAGGGUAAUGUACAGGAUAUGGAAAAAUGGCUGAAAGAAGAAUUGGCCCGCCUCGGCGGAAUCAUCACCGAGACCCGUGAAGAAAUGAAUCGUAUCACUGAAUGGCAAAAAUCCGAACGUAGCCGUUUGGAAAAUAUGGUGAAGCUGCAUCAAGGUUCCGUUACCGGUAUCGAUGAACAAAUGGCCAAGGAUCGCGUCUAUCUCCAAAACCUUGCCAAUAAAUAUCACGUCAGCAUUGAAGAGCUCGAGAAAUGGCAACGCCAAGAAUUGGAACGUCUGCAGAACGAAGGACAAAUGCAAAUCGAAAAGGGCAUCAAGGAAUGGCAGCUACGCGAACAUGAAAAUCUCAAGAAGUUGAUUGCCCGCAAUGACCUCACCAUCGAGGAGUUCCAAACCCAGGUGCUUAACGAUCGUCAACGAUUGGAGAAUUUGGCCCGCACCUAUCAUGUACAGAUUGCCGAAAUCGAAUCGUGGUUGAAAUCGGAAAUGAGCCAACUGAAAAAUGAAGGCUUUUUGACGGAGGUCAAGAAGGAAUUGGAAGACUGGCAGAAGAAGGAACGUGAGCGUUUGAUGUUGAUUGUCCAGCAGAGUGGUGCCACCGUUCAAGAUUUGGAAUUGAAAAUCAAGGCCGAUCAAAGUCAUUUGAAUAAAUUGGCGGCCAAUUAUAAUGUGCAGGUCAAAGAAAUCGAAGAUUGGCUGAAGAAUGAAUUAAUGCGCCUGCAGGCCCAAGGUUUGGUCAAGGUCGAGGACCUCCAGGAAUGGCAGAAGACCGAACGUAAUGAAAUUUUCAAGCUCAUCGAAAAUAAUCGCAUAACCAUUGAGGAAUUUGAAAAUAAACUCCUAAACGAUCGCCGUAAAUUGGCCGAUUUGGCAAGGACCUACAAUGUCCAAGUCCAUGAAAUUGAAACCUGGAUUAAGAAGGAAGGUGAGCGAUUGCAAAAUUUGGGUCUGUUGCAGAUCAAGGAGCAACUGAAUAAUUGGCAAAUUGUGGAACGUGAGCGUCUGAUGAAGUUGCUGCAGGAAAAUAACUAUUCGAUUAAGGAAUUGGAGGAUAAGUUGAAAAAGGAUCAGACCCAUUUAUAUGCCACCGCCAAUCAACAUCAGGUCCGUGUCGAGGAGAUUGAGGAAUGGUUGAAAAAGGAAAUUAAACGCCUGCAGGAUGAAGGUAUGCUGGAAAUUGAGAAAUUGAAGUCGUGGCAGUUGGAAUGGCGUGGCAAUUUGACCACGAUGAUUAAGGAGCGGGAUUUUACGGUGGAACAGUUCCACAAUUGGCUGAUGGAUGAUCGCAAGCGUUUGGAGGCCCUGGCCAUGCAGCAUAAUGUGCAGAUUGAGGAAAUCGAAGAAUGGGUUAAGAAUGAGGAGCAGCGUUUCAUUAGCAUGGGUCUGCUGAAACCGAAUGAGAAAUUGACCAAUUGGCAGGAGGUGGAGCGCAGAUACUUGGAGAGGAUUACCCAGGAGCAAUACCAUUCGACCGAGCAGUUGGAACAGAGAUUGAGACAGGAUCGUGAAUUGUUGGAAAAAUUGGCCAGGGAUUAUCAGGUCCAGGUGGCGGAAAUUGAGUCAUGGAUGAAGAAGGAAUUGGCCAGGUUGCGCGAUGAGGGUCAAUUGCAGAUUGAUAAUUUAACUUCGUGGCAGAUUGCCGAAAAGGAGAGGUUGGAUAAGUUAUUGAAGCAGAACAAAAACUGGUCUGUGGAAGAAUUUGAAGCAGUGCUGAAACAGGAUCGUGAACAUAUGCAGAACACCGCCUUCCAGUAUCAUGUCUCGGUGGAGGAAAUUGAAAAAUGGAUCCAAGGAGAAGUGGAUCGCCUCCAGCAACAGGGUAAAUUGAAUAUUGAAAAAAUGACCCAAUGGCAAAAGGAUCAAUAUCAGCGGAUUAUGAAUCUGCUGCAGCAACAAUCGAGUAUCACCGCCGAGGAAUUUGAGACCAAGAUUGCCAAGGAUCGCACCUUCCUGAUGAAUCUGGCCAAGCAGUACAAUGUCAAUAUUAACGAAGUUGAGUCCUAUGUUCGCAAGGUUAUCGAAGAUCUGAAGGAGAAGGGUAAAUUCGAAAUUGAACAGUUGAAGGGUUGGCAAAUGGUCGAGCGGGAUUAUAUCAAGAAUCUAAUUACCCAAUAUAAAAAUUCGCUGAGCACGGAGGAGUAUGAAAGGAAAUUGAGAAACGAUCGGGAUCAUUUGAAACAGUUGUCAGAUUAUUAUCAGGUUUCGGUAAGGGAAAUCGAAGAAUGGAUGAUUAGGGAAUUGCAGCGCCUGCGUAAGGAUUCCUCCGAUCAAAUUGCCAAAUUGGCCACCUGGCAGCAACAGGAAUUGGAAAGGCUAAAGGCCUUGAUCCGCGAGAAUAGCCGUUUGAAUUAUGUGCAAUUCGAAGUGGAACUGAAGAAGCAGCAGGAUCACAUACGCCAGUUGUCGCAACAAUAUUCCGUUAGCGUCGAAGAGGUGGAGCAAUGGCUUAGGGAACAGUUACUUAACCUGAAGACAACCGGUCAGGUCCAGGUUGAGAAUCUCAGUAAAUGGCAGGAGGAUGAACAGAAGCGUCUGAUCGCCUUAUGUCUGCAGCAACAACGUGAGCUGUCCACCGAGGAAUUUGAACGUCAGUUGGCCAAGGAUCGUGCCAGAAUUGAGAAGCUCUCUAUGGAUUAUAACCUCUCCGUGCAGGAAAUCGAACAAUGGAUGAAGGAUGAAUUGAAGCGGUUGAAGGAUUCCGGUUUGGUUCAACUCGAUCAGCUUAGCUAUUGGCAAAAAAUCGAACGCGAACGCCUACUCGACUGGUUGAAGCAACAGAACAAAUUGGCCACCUCAGAGGAAUUGGAUAAUUUCAUUAAGCGCGAUAAGGAACGUUUGGAGCGCAUUGCUCAGGAUUAUCAUGUCACCGUGGAGGAGAUUGAAAGCUGGAUUGAACAGGAAGGAGCUCGCCUACAAAUGUUGGGUGUGAUUCGUGGACCGGGUAGUUUCAGCCACACCAUUGAAAGGCAAUGGAAUGAACAGACCAAGGCCCAUUUGGUGGCUGUAGCCCAAGGGCGUCCUAUGUCGUGGCAGGAAUUUGAAAAAUAUUUGCGUGACGAAAGGCCCCGAUUCGAGCAGUAUGCCCGCCAAUUCCACGUCACCGUUGAAACCAUUGAAAAUUGGUUGAGAACCGUGGCCCAAGACCUUACCAAGCAGGGUUUUAUCCAUGGCCAGGGCAACGUGGAGGAAUGGCAGACCGUGGAAUAUAGUUAUCUGCAACAAUUGCUGCAGCAGAGGCCUCAGGGUAAACAAUGGUCCUAUGAAGAAUUGGAGCGCCAGUUGCGUAAUGAUCGCCAACAUUUGGAGCAGUUAGCCCGUCAGUAUCACACCACCACGGAGGACAUCAUCAAUUGGUAUCUUCUGGAGUUACAAAAAUUGCUGCAACAACAAAAAAUCGUAUCGGAAAAUCUUACCACCUGGCAAAGGGAUGAAAAAGAUCGGAUCUAUCAAUUGGUCCAGUCGAAACCCUAUCAAAGCUAUCAACAAUGGGAAGCGGAACUACUGAGGGAUCAAACCGCCCUUAAUCGCAUCUGUGAUCAGUAUCAUGUGACCAUCGAAGAGGUUGAAAUUUGGAUCCGCCAGGAGCUACAACGUCUUGUGAAUUUGGGACUCAUCAGAAACUCCUCUCAAGGUGGCUCAUCCUCUCAGGCCCUCAACAAAAACUGGCAAGAUGAAGAACGCCGCCGUUUGCGCACCAUUGCCUCGGAUAUCUCCAUAACCGAAGAGGAAUUCCUCGAAUUCAUUGCCUCCGAUGAUGACUUCCAGCAACAUUUGACCCGUCUCUAUGGUUGCACCCUACAAGAAUUGGUACCCUUCCAAAACAUCGAAAUCGGUAAAAUGAAUCGUGAAGGUCUGUUGGAUCGUACCCAACUCCUUAAGGUCGAACCUUGGCAAAAAACCGAACGUGAACGUCUCUAUUCCUUUAUCAAGGAUAAGAGCUACACCCUGGAUAACCUGAAAAAUUGGCAAAAGCAAGAGAUGGCCUUCACCCGUUUGGCCAGCCACUAUGGCAUUACCACUCAGACCCUUAAAGACUGGCAAUUGGAGGAGUUCCAAAGGCUACAAAAUCUCGCCCAUUUCUAUCAAAUGAAUCUCAAUCAAUUGCAGGAUUUCCGUGAAAAGGAAUUACGUUACCUCACCUAUGUUAUGCACAAGAAGAUCAGCUCCGCCGAGGAACAAAAUCGUUGGGCCCACUCGGAAAUGGCCCGCAUGAAUGUUUUGCAACGUAAGGUCAACCUGAGUGGCGAACAAUUGCAGCAAUGGCGUAGACGCCUUUACCUCCUCGCUCAGGCCCGUCUACCCUUCUCCUAUGGCGGUUCGGGCGGCUAUGUCUAUGGUGAAUUGCCCACCAACAGGACUGGAUAUUAUCCCAAAAUAAGCAAAGAUCGUGGAGAUCAACCCCCCAAUGUGUUCGAUGAACAAAUGGACCCCAAUGAGCCCGGUGUAGCCGGUAAGGAUCCUCUAUAUCCACCACCACCAGCUAAGUUGCAUGAGGAUGUCCAAUAUUCAUAUGGCAACUCUGGUGGUAAUCGUUAUGGUAUGCAUUAUGGUGGCCACUAUUCGAUGCAAGCUGAUUCGGCCGAUUUGGGACAACAACAACAGGUUGAAGAGGAUCUCAGUGAUUUUGCCAAACAACAUGCACAACAUGUUGAGGUGGAGGACUUGGACGGGACAUUUACCUCAGCCCAGAGUCCAUACUAUCAUAAACAACAAACAAAUGAGAAGCAGAUAAUGACAACUGAGGUCCAAGCUGAAACCGAAAAACCCGGAUUCUUUGCCAACAUUAAAAGUAAAAUAUUCGGUUAA